AUGGUUUACAUCGAGUUCUACCAGUUCUGUGGCCUAACUGUGAGGAAAAUAUCGGAUAGAACAAUGAAUCGGCAAGUACUGGUGUUUAUCUCUCUCCUUUUCCUCGACUCCGUGUGCGGGCAGGUCAGCUACUCUAUUCCAGAGGAAAUGUCGAAAGGAUCUUUAGUGGGCAACAUAGCGCAAGAUUUAGGAUUAGAGAUAACACGUUUGAUAUCAAGUAAAGCAAAGAUCUAUACUAGAAACAACGACGAAUACGUCGAGCUCAGCCGAAAGAGAGGAGUCCUCCUCGUCAAAGAGAGAAUUGACAGAGAGGCGCUGUGUACAGAGACGGCGCUUUGUGCUUUACAUUUUCAGAUUAUCUUGGAGAAUCCUAUGGAGUUUUACAGUGUUACAGUCCAGAUUACAGACAUCAAUGAUAAUGCGCCAACCUUUGAAAAAAGUGAAAUGAAGUUCAAAAUUAGCGAGUCCGCCGUAACCGGAGCAAAAUUUGUUUUAGAGAGGGCGGUGGAUCUUGAUGUGGGAGUUAAUGAUCUUCAAAAUUACGAACUAAAACCAACAGAUCAUUUUGCGUUAAAACUCCACAAUAAUGUUGAUGGAAAUAAAAAUGUUGAGAUGGUGCUGCAGAAACCUUUAGACAGAGAGAAACAAGAGCAGAUAUCUCUGGUGCUGACAGCUGUAGAUGGAGGAGAGCCGCAGAUGUCAGGAACAAUGUUGAUUCUUAUUACAGUUUUAGACGCUAAUGAUAAUGCUCCUGUUUUUACACAACACACAUACAAAGCUACAGUUACUGAGAAUUCACCUAAAGGCACAGUUGUAGCCACUGUUACAGCCUCAGAUGCAGAUCGAGGCUCUAAUGGUAAAAUAACAUAUUCAAUCACAAAUACCUUAGACAAUGUCAGGAAAGUAUUUCAGGUGAAUGAAGAAUCCGGUGAGAUUUCAUUAAUUGGGGGAAUAGACUUCGAAAAGUCAAGACAUUUUCAGAUAAAUCUGCUCGCUAGUGACGACGGAGGACUCACAGAUUCUUGUAAAUUAAUCGUCGAUGUGCAAGACGUAAAUGACAACAAGCCUGAAAUAAAUAUUAUGUCAAAGUCAAAUGUGAUAUCAGAGGAUGCCAUACUCAACACUGUCGUUACAAUGAUAAACAUCGAAGACUUAGAUUCAGGAGAAAACGGAAAUGUAAAAUGUUUUAUUAGCGAUAAUAUCCCAUUCAUUUUAAAAACAUCAACAAAUAGUUUCUAUAGUUUAGUAACAGACAGUGAUUUAGACAGAGAGAGAGCCUCUGAGUAUAACAUUACUGUGACCUGCUCUGAUGAGGGAGUGCCCUCCCUCUCCAGCAGCGUCACUCUCACCUUACAGAUCUCUGAUGUAAAUGAUAACGUGCCUUUCUUUGAGAGGAGCUCAUAUGAGGCCUACAUUGUAGAAAACAACACACCAGGCCUCUCUAUAUUCACAGUGAAAGCCAGAGACGCUGACUGGAACCAGAAUGCCCGUGUUUCUUACAUACUGGAGGACUCCUCUGUUAACGGAGUGCCAGUCUCCUCAUAUGUGUCCGUUAGUGCUGAUAGUGGAGUCAUCCAUGCAGUUCGCUCUUUUGACUACGAGCAGAUCAAAGACUUCCAGUUCCGCGUCAAAGCGCAGGACGGAGGCUCCCCUCCACUCAGUAGCAAUGUGACUGUGAAGAUAAUGAUCCAGGACCAGAACGACAACCCCCCUCAGGUUCUGUACCCAGUCCAGACUGGUGGCUCUCUAGUGGCUGAAAUGGUUCCUCGUUCAGCAGAUGUGGGCUAUCUGGUGACUAAAGUGGUGGCUGUGGAUGUGGAUUCUGGACAGAAUGCCUGGCUCUCCUAUAAACUGCAGAAAGCCACAGACAGGGCGCUGUUUGAAGUGGGCUUACAGAAUGGAGAAAUAAGAACUAUCCGCCAGGUGACUGAUAAAGAUGCUGUGAAACAAAGACUGACUGUUAUAGUGGAUGACAACGGUCAGCCCUCUCGUUCAGCUACAGUCAUUGUUAACGUGGUGGUGGCGGACAGCUUCCCUGAAGUGCUGUCAGAGUUCACUGACUUUACACACGACAAGGAGUACAAUAACAACCUGACUUUUUACUUAGUGUUGGCUCUGGCUGUAGUUUCCUUCCUCUUCAUCACGUGUUUAGUGGUUAUUAUAUCAGUGAAAAUCUACAGAUGGAGACAGUCUCGCAUCCUGUAUCACUCCAACCUCCCUGUGAUUCCAUAUUAUCCACCACGUUACUCAGACACUUUGGGGACAGGGACUCUCCAACACGUGUACAAUUACGAAGUGUGCAAGACGACUGACUCCAGAAAGAGUGACUGUAAGUUCGGCAGAGCUGGUAGUCAAAACGUGCUGAUUAUGGACCCCAGUUCUACAGGGACGAUGCAGCGGAUACAGAGUGAAAAGAGCAUCAUGGAUGAACCAGACUCUCCUCUAGAGGUUAGACCACCUCAUCACUAUUCCUGA